CCGCAUGUGUUUCACGCCUCUCCAAGUUCCGAUCGCGUUGACCGUUCCAAAUUUUGAAUUUCGCUGGAACUUAGCUGUGUUUGUGUGUUAACGCGUGCAUUGGGAAUUAUUUUGAAAUCCCAACACGAUGGACGGCUGUCAGUAAUACAGUGUUUGUGAAUAUAUUAGUUAUUGCAAAGACUGACUAGUGUUAUUCAGUGUUCAAGUGAGUACCUAAAAUGGAGGCUAAAACUCACAUAUUGGCGAUCGCCGCACUCCUUAUAAUUGCUGCCUCAUGGUGCGAGGGUGCCCGAGAUGCGACUUGUCCCCGAAUCUGUGGCCCUUCACUGCAGAGCGAGCCAGUCUGCGCAACUGACGGAUACAUCUACCCUUCUCUUUGUGAGAUGCGAAAGAAGACUUGUGGAAAAGGAGUACGCCUAGCCCAAGAUCAAACAUCUUGCUCUCGAGCUCAAGGGUCUAAGUGCGAACAUCGGUGUACAUCUGAGAGGGACCCCGUAUGCGGUACCAAUGGCAGAACUUACCUCAACAGGUGUAUGCUGCAAGUUGAGAUCUGCAGAGUCGGCAUCGGACUCUCUCAUUUGGGAGCAUGCAACAACAUCAGUGCUCACAGGGAAAACUGCCCCGUCGAUUGUUCCCAAGCGCCCCUCGAUGGACCCAUUUGUGGUUCUGAUGGCAAUGUAUACAAAAGUACUUGUCAAAUGAAAUUGUUAACUUGUGGGCAAGGUGUAGUCCGAACAAACAAAAAACAUUGCCAGACUACUCGGCACUGCCGCGAGUCUUGCUGGCGUGUUGCCAGACCAACUUGUGGCUCUGAUGGCAAGCUGUAUGCCAACGCUUGUAGGAUGAAAGCUAGUAACUGCGGAAAACACGUCUUUGAAGUCCCAAUGGCGUUCUGUGUGUCUCAAGAAAGGACGUCAGGAGGAGAAUCUUGCCCAAAGGACUGUAUUGGACAGAAGGAGAAGUUGGUGUGCGGUUCUGACGAAAUGGUUUACAGGAAUGAGUGUGAAAUGAAGAUGUUGAAUUGCGGUAGUGUAAGCAACAGGAAGAUUGUGAAGAAAGUUGACAUGGAGAAGUGUCGUGGCAAGAUGAACCGAUGCAUGAAGGUCAAGUGUCCUGCUGAUGUAGACCCUGUGUGCGGUACUGACCAGAAGGUGUACACCAACCCAUGCUUCUUGAAGGUCGCUACUUGUCUGAAAGGAGUGCAACUGGCUCAUUUUGGAAACUGCACCUUACUGCCUCGGUUCAAGGAGGAUUGUCCCGAUACCUGCGAGAAUGUAGUCGAGCAACCAGUCUGCGGUUCCGAUGGAAAUGUGUACAAAUCUGAAUGCGAGCUCCGCCUAGCUACCUGUGGACAGCAUGUUGUUCCUGUAGCUGCCUCCCACUGCCGUACCACUGCACUCUGCCACGAGGAGUGUCCUGACACGCCUGCUUUCAUCUGCGGAUCCGACAACCGAUUCUACAAGAACGAGUGUUUGAUGAAGAAAGAGAACUGCGGCAAACACGUGUUCGUUGUACCACUGAAGCGGUGCCUGGCUCGCUUCCAAUACUCGGGCUGCGCCCGCGUGUGCCCGCCUGAGUACGACCCCGUGUGCGGUACAGACGACAAGACUUACUCCAACAAGUGCUUCCUCGAGAUGGAGAACUGCCGGUCUAGGAGUCUGGUGCAAUUGAAACACUUGGGCACAUGCACAGAACCCAUCGCGGAAGAACCGAAAAACUAUCUAUAUCGAUAAACGAAUCGAUUAACAGUCAUAUCGAUUAAUCGCUUUUCUUUCCAUAAUCGUACUCUCGGGAUUGGAAUCCCACUUAUUAGUGCCAACUUUUUAUAAGUAAAAAUAUACUGUAAAAUAAUGUAAGCGACCAAUCUUCGUCUUCCAAUUUAUAAAAUUUAAGUUUCAUAUUAACGUUCAUAGGUUAAUCGAUUAAAAAUCGAUAAGGGAUCCACACUAUACAAUCGCAAACUUCUUCGUAUUGGGAUUUUGAUAGUAGAUAACGGUAUUUGGAUCUUUCUGCUUCACAUAAGUUAGUGUGGAAAUCCUUAAUCGGCUCAUAAUCGAGUAAGAAUCGAUUAAGCUAUGCUAAUUCGACCACUCCAUUGCUAAACGGAUCAGUACAAAAAUUCGAACACACAAUAUGGCAGACAUUUGUAAUUCUUUUAGGUUAUAUAAUUAAGUGAUUUUAGUUAUAAUUUUCGACUGUCUAUUUAUUCUAUUAUUUAUUUCCGUGCGUAGUAGAUUUAAGGUUAUAUUUCGUUUUGUAAAUAACUAGUGAAUUUCUCGACAUAUUUAUUGUUUUUGCUAAGAAUCGAUGCAUUUAGAAGAAGACUUAUUAUUUUAACAUUUAUGACAAUAAGUUUUUUUUAUAUAUAAAAUUAAUUGGUGACAGUUGUGUGCGUUUGCCGCCUGGUAUUUGAAGCAUUCCAUUUUUAAAAUAACUGUGUCAUGGAAUUUUCUUCUAAGUAAAUAUUUGUAUAAUUUGCUCAAAUAUUAACAAACAUACAAUACAUAAUAUAUGCAUAUGAAUAUGAGUACUUGUAAUCACUUUAAACAAUGAGUUAAAAACUUUGACGUAUGAUUUUUAUUUACAUUAAAAAGCAAAUUUAAAUGAAUCAGUUAUUUUAAAAUCAUUCAUUAAUUCUACGCUGUCGAUAAUUUUAAAAAUAGAAUUAGAUUUACGUAUUUAUUGUUUAACUUUUAGUAUAAAUUUU